UCCAGCCGCGUGCGGCGGUGAGUGCUCGGUUUCCUGUACGAUCGCUUAAUGUGAACCACGUGGUGUGAAAGCAGACUGCAGCUUCUUUUGUUCAAAUCAAUCAAACCGGAGACGGACAGAGAGCUGCAGUCAGGAAAUCACCGGUACAUCUGUUUAGUCCUCGCUUCAGCGAAUCGCUAACGACAGCUCCUGGACGCCGCGGAGGUCGAAGCCUCUGAUUGGAAAAUGCCACGUAAGAAGGUGACCGAUGUUUCGGGGAACGGUGGGGUGAAGAAGAAGAGGGCCAGCGGCAAAAGGAAAGAGAGGGACUUCAGCAGCGACGAUGAGUUUGACUUCGAGCAGGAGAAUAACAAGAAACCUGGGAAGCCCGUGAAGUCCGGUCUCCAGCCGGUCACGGUGGCCGACGACGUCAAAGAGAAGAUAAAACUUGAGUGCCCAAAGGUUAAAGGUCAGCUGCUCAUCUUUGGAGCAACCAACUGGGAUUUGAUUGGACGAAAGGAGGUGCCCAAACAACAAGCUGCUUUCCGCAACCUGGGCCAGAAUCUGUGGGGUCCUCACCGCUACGGGUGUCUGAACGACGUCCAGGUCAGCUGCGUGGUGUCUGGUCCCUGCGCUGCACACAGUCUCCUCAUGACCACCGAGGGCAAGCUGUGGAGCUGGGGUCGUAACGACAAAGGGCAGCUGGGUCACGGGGACACCAAGCGUCUGGAGGCCCCCAAGCUCAUCGAGGCCCUGGCAGAUCACGUGAUUGUUGCUGCGGCCUGUGGACGCAAUCACACCCUGGCACUCACAGAGGACGGCACUGCAUACUCUUUUGGUGAGAACAAGCUGGGCCAGCUCGGCCAAGGCAACCAGACUGAUGCGGUCCUCAGCCCAGCACCGAUCUCCUACCAUGGCCAGCCCCUGGUGAAGGUGGCUUGUGGGGCAGAAUUCAGCAUGGUGGUGGACUGCAAAGGAAACCUGUACUCCUUCGGCUGCCCGGAGUACGGACAGCUGGGUCACAACAGCGACGGGAAGUUCAUCGCUCGCGCCCAGCGCAUCGAGUUUGACUGUGAGCUCAUCCCUCGCCGCGUCGCCAUCUUCAUCGAGAAGUCCAAGGAUGGGCAGGUCAUGCCCGUGCCCAACGUGGUGGUCCGAGACGUGGCCUGCGGGGCUAACCACACGCUGGUGCUGGACUCUCAGAAGCGAGUGUUCAGCUGGGGUUUUGGUGGUUACGGGCGUCUGGGUCACACGGAGCAGAAGGACGAGAUGGUUCCCCGACUGGUCAAACUGUUUGACUUCCCUGGACGCGGUGCCAGUCAGAUCUGUACAGGCUACCAGUGCUCCUUCGCUGUCAGCGAGAUGGGGGGGCUGUUUUUCUGGGGGGUGACAAACACUUCCAGAGAGUCCACCAUGUACCCCAAAGCUGUGCAGGAUCUGUGUGGCUGGAAGAUCCGCAGUCUGUCCUGUGGGAAGAGCAGCGUCAUCAUUGCUGCAGACGAGAGUACGAUCAGCUGGGGCCCCUCGCCCACGUUUGGAGAGCUGGGAUAUGGAGACAACAAACCCAAAUCCUCCACCACCGCCCAGGAGGUCAAGACCUUGGAUGGCAUCUACAUCGAGCAGGUGGUGAUGGGCUACUCUCACUCUCUGGUGAUUGCCAGACAGGACACUGAGCAGGAACAGGAGAAACAGAAAAAGCUGCCCGAGUACAACCCCCGAACGCUCUGAUUGGUCCUCCGGCAGCGACGGCUCAACCGUUCUCGCCGCAGCAGAGACCAGCGACGCUCAGCGGGAGAACACCUGGCCUGUCCGGUCACCGCCGCUCACAGGGGGGUAUGGUUGAGUUCGGGGGGAGGCGCUGGAUAUCCACACAUCUCAACUACCAGCAAACCGGCUCCACACAAAUUUGGACACUGAAAUCAGAGUAAAUGGGACAGGAGACGGACAGAUCUCGCAGCGAAUGGUCAACACAUCUUCACUUCCCACCUCGAGUGAACCUGCAACAGUUUGCUCCAAGCACUUCCCUAAAAAAAACACAUUUUCUAUUUUGUAAUACAGCCAAACAUUCAUGUCUUUAGCUCUGUCGUCGUUUUCUUUGUUGCAGUAUUUGAAAUAACGUUGUUUGUCACAUUUACGGGUGCUACAGCAGGACCCUCAGUCUUUUCCUACUGAGGGCUUUUCAAAGACCAAUACUCUCCAUACCUGUGCCUUUUUCUACGCGUGUUCAGGAUAUGGAAGUCUUGUUUGUGUUGUUCAGAGGAUCAGCCGAUCGCUCUGGUUUAGUGUAUGUGAGCAGGUGUGCGCAGCUGCCACAGAUUACAAUCAGGAUUCGGAACGUGAUAUUCUGAGUUCGUGCACUCCGCUCGACGUUACAUUCCCUUUGUUGUCGUCUUCAGUGUUUGCAUCGAGGAUGCACACCUCAGUCCUUCCGAGACCACACUGUCUGCUAGCUCUUUGCUAAUUUGAGUAAUAUUAACUAUUCCGACGCUCAAAGCGGUUUCACGGGCAGGUCAGAACUUCAGGAACCAGCGAAGCAGAGUGCUGGGAAAGAAGGCGUGGCGUUUUUAAACAGCAGAGGUGCUUUCCUCCUACUUGUACUGCGUUCUUUUUUAUGGUGAAAUUUCUCUGGGUUACAUUGUUUUUUUUCAUUGAAAUGGUUAAAUAAAGAUUCAUGUGAAUUGA